AAUUUUAAUUAAAACAGGAUAAUAAAGUUGAUAAGUAAUUAUUACUUAAUUGAAUGGUUAACAUUUGCUUGAUAUGUGAUUUUUUCUAUCCUUGUUUAGGAGGUGUGGAAAUGCAUAUCUUUUAACUUGGCUUAUGCUUAAUUGAAAGAGGGCACAAAGUUAUAAUAAUAACACAUAAAUAUUAAGGCAGAUCUGGAGUUCGAUAUAUGACGAAUGGAUUAAAAGUUUAUUACUGUCCAUUCAUCCCUGCCAUUUAGACGGUUGUGUUAUUCACAUAUGUUGGCACACUUCCAAUAUUUAGAUAAAUAUUAUUGAGGGAAGAAAUACACAUUGUUCAUUCUCAUGCAGCUACAUCAUAUUUAGGAGGAGAAUUACUACUUCAUGCAAAAUCAAUGGGGUUUAAAACAGUAUUCACUGAUCAUUCCUUGUUUGCAUUCAAUGAUGCAGCAUCUUUCCAUGUGAAUAAAAUUCUAAAAUACAUUUUGUGUGAAAUUGAUCAUUCAAUAUCUGUAUCUCAUGUGAGCAAAGAGAAUUUAUCAAUGAGAGCCUCAUUGGAUCCAAGAAAUAUUUCUGUAAUUCCAAAUGCAGUUGAUUGUAGUAGAUUUACUCCAAAUCCUUAAAAAAGAUAUCCUCUUAAUACAAUUAACAUAGUGGUUAUUUGUAGAAUGACAUUUAGAAAAGGAGUGGAUUUGCUUGUGGAUGUCUUGUAAAUAAUUUGUAAAUAGCAUCCAGAGAUAUAUUUUAUAAUAGGCGGUGAUGGACCAAAGAAAAAGAUUCUCGAAGAAACCAUACAACGAUAUAACCUAUAAAAUUAAACUGAAUUGUUAGGAAGUGUUCCAGGUCAUUAAGUUAAAGAUGUACUCAAUAGAGGUCAUAUAUUUCUAAAUACAUCCUUGACGGAGGCCUUUUGCAUAGCAAUUGUUGAGGCUGCAUCAUGUGGAUUGUGUGUUGUUUCCACUAAUGUGGGAGGUAUUAGUGAGGUAUUGCCCAAAAAUAUGGUUUUGUAUGCAGAUCCAACUCCUGAAGAUAUUAGUCAUAAAAUAACAUAGGCAAUUCCGAUUGCCAAAAACUUCUAAGUCUAUUAAUAGCAUGAAUUGGUAAAGAAAAUGUAUAGUUGGGAAUAAGUGGCAGAGAGAACAGAGAAGGUAUAUUACAAGAUACUUUAAACAUAAAAUCAAACAAUAUUAAAACGGUUUAAGGAUUGUUAUAGCAAUGGAUAAAUAUAUGGAUUAUUUUUAAUGAUUCUCUUAAUAUUCGACUUGAUUUUCUUAAUGAUUUUAGACUUCCUCCAACCACAUAAAGGAAUUCAUAAACCUGGAAUUUUCAAUCAAAUUUAUAAAAAUCAAAAAGAAAAGUUUGGGGAUCAUCUAUUUAAAGCUGAAUAACAAAAUUGA